GGCCAGUCUCGCGACAACUGGGAGGAGCUUGCCGCUGCUCUGGCUACAGGACUCCUCAGGUGGUGGCGCUGGCAGUCGGGCUACGGAGGCCGGGUUACCGGAUUACGGGAAAGUAUUUAAGAAGCUUAUGGCAUAAUAUGCAUCAAAGUAAUAUAAGAUCUGCAGGAAGUCCCUCAAGAUAGCUGGAAAAGAAGAAUUUCUAGACUCUUCAUCAAUAUCUUCAUUUGCCUAGUUAAAUCCAAGGCUCCUGUGGUAAAAUCAUGAAUAAAAAUACAUCUGCUGUGGAAUCAUCCAAUCUACUUGAAAAGGAUCCUGCCUUUCAGAUGAUUACAGUUACCAAGGAAACAGGCCUUGGUCUGAAGAUCCUAGGAGGAAUUAACCGGAAUGAAGGUCCCUUGGUAUAUAUUCAGGAAAUCAUUCCUGGAGGAGACUGUUAUAAGGAUGGACGUUUGAAGCCAGGAGAUCAACUUGUCUCAAUAAACAAGGAAUCUAUGAUUGGUGUAUCCUUUGAAGAAGCAAAAAGCAUAAUUACCAGAGCCAAGUUGAGGUCAGAAUCUGUUUGGGAGAUAACGUUCAUAAGACAAAAAUCUGAUGGCAGUCAUCCAGGAAAUCCAUCUUGUACAUCUCUUUUACAAGCUUCCGGAGAAUAUGGACCUCAAGUCUCAACAUUUAGCCUUCUUCCAUCUCCCCCUGAAACACUAAUUCCAAAGACCUCAUCUACUCCCCAAACUACAGAUACCAUUUUACCUUCUUUUAGGAUAAAUCAGAUGAAAACUGGAUACAAGAAAACAGAACAGACUCCAAUUACUUCUUCGGGAAACAGCCCUACGGAUAUGUCUAAUACAGAUAUUGCCCCUGCAUGGACUGAUAAUUAUGGACCACAAGGAAAGAAGAUUUCCCUAAAUCCUUCUGUUCGCCUCAAGGCAGAGAAACUGGAAAUGGCUCUAGAUUAUCUUGGAAUUCAGCCCACAAAGGAACAACAUCAAGCCCUGAGACAGCAAGUGCAAGUAGACCCAAAGGGAACAGUGUCUUUUGGAGAUUUUGUCCAGGUUGCCAGAAACUUGUUUUGCUUGCAGUUGGAUGAAGUGAAUGUCAGUGCACGUGAAAUUUCCAGCAUAUUAGAUUCACAGCUUCUUCCCUGUGAUUCCUUAGAGGCAGAUGAAAUAGAAAGGCUUAAGCGUGAAAGAAAUGAUGCCUUAGAGGAAGUGAAUAUGCUCAAGGAAAAGUUAUUUGAAUCAGAAAGGCAAAAGAAACAAUUGGCAGAAGAACUCCAGAAUGUGAAACAAGAAGCCAAAGCUGUGGUUGAAGAAACUAGAGCCCUGCGAAGUCGAAUCCACCUUGCCGAGGCUGCACAGCGCCAGGCACACAGGAUGGAAAUGGACUACGAAGAAGUGAUCCAUCUGUUAGAGGCCGAGGUCACAGAUCUAAAGGCUCAGCUUGCUGAUGAUUCGGACCAAAAUAAAGAAAGUGUUCAGGAGUUAAAAAAGAGAAUUACAGUACUCGACUGCCAAUUGCGAAAAUCAGAAAUGGCUCGAAAAGCUUUUGAGGCAUCCACUGAAAAGCUUCUUCAUUUUGUAGAGACUAUUCAAGAAUUAUUUUCUGAUAAUACUUCUCCUUUAUCAAAUUUAAGUGAAAGAAGAGCCAUGUUAGCUUCUCAGACUUCUCUUACACCACUGGGAAGGAAUGGACGUAACAUCCCAGCAAUGCUAGCUCUUGAAUCUAAGGAACUCGUUAAAUCUGUUCGGGCCAUACUUGACAUGGAUUAUCUACCUUAUGGGUGGGAGGAAGCUUACACAGCAGAUGGAAUCAAGUACUUCAUCAAUGGGAGUAAGCUCCACGAAGGCUGGGAUUUAUUCGUCUUGUUCCUACAGCAGGAAGGAUCUAGCACCAUCAAGGAGGAUCUCAUACAUUGCCUGUCACAUAGCAGAUGGGGCCUUGGACCACGUCAUUGAGCUUCCUCCAGCCCGUGUGUGUGGUCCAGUGUGGAAGAUCAAAUUGGUUUCUGUGAAGAGUAACAGAAACCCCACAGGACGUAAGUGAGGAUUUUUUCCAUUCAAUCCACAUGGCCUCCCAGUGAAACUCGGUUUGGACAGUGAUAUCAGCCAUCCAAACCCAGAGUGCCUUGGCACUAGAUAAACCUCCUGGAGUAUAGCAGUGACUCCAAAGAACAGAGGGAACUGCAUAUUGGCAGAGAUUAGUGUGGUUCAAGGUCAUUAAUCCCUACCCCUACGUGGAGAAAGCUCCUUUAGAGUAACACUCUUGGCCUUCCUCUGCCUCUGCCCCCCUCGGGCAAUGACUUCUAUGCUUGGUGAGUUUGGAACAAAGGAUAAGGCAGGUACUGUUUCUAGGAUAUUUCUUAAAUCCUGUGUUCCAUGCAAACACUGCCUAUCUGUUUUUCAGGCCUUUCGCAUUUAUUACCCGGAUAAUGGCAAUGAAGGCACUAUGCCUUCCUGCCUCUCUGGCACACGUGUCCCCAUUAAUAAGCCGACCACGUAUCGGUCAGAAUUAUCUUUCUGAAGCCCAUAUUUGAGUCUGUUGCCCCCUUGCUACUCUUCAGUAGUUCCCUAGCACCCUUUCCACUUUCUCUCCAGCCUCAUUUCCUCAUCUAACCCUUCCUAGCCUUCAAGAUGCAUUUUCUCUUCACCUCUUCCUCACCUUCUGCCCCCACCCAUGCCCAGCACCGCUGCUCUACAAAAGCCACUUCUGCAUGUUUUCCAUGUGCAUCUGGCCCCUCUUCCCACUCGGGAGGGUUGAACCUAGAACUUCCACCCCAAGACAAGUUGCUGACCUGUCUGUCCAGAUGCACACUGGGUUACUACAUUUAUUUACCAAUUUAUUUUUACCCAGUGUGCUGAGUUACUGCAUCUUAAAGGCUUGAAACCGGGUCCUACCGACGUUCUUGGGCUUCCUCUCUCCAUGGGGUAACAAAAAACGAAAGUCUGGUUAAAGCCAACUAGUCUCUCUCACUGUGGCUAUCGCACCCAACACCAGCAGUUGGGGGAUCAGUGGGAUAUCAUUGGGAGGGAAAGGAGAAGACAGAAAACGGGCUCAAAGAGUCUAUUUCCUCUUUGUCUCUCUGGUGCACUGGGGGUUUUUAUCUAGAACCCUGGAGAGUGAAAAUGUUAGCUAGGAGGAGUCACACUCUAAAAUCCCACACCAUCCCCCUCUAGCUGCGAACCUUUUAAUAAAGCCUUUAUUACACUGUAUUGGCAAAUAAUUUGGCCAGCAAACAGAGGCGUGUAUCUCUCCACUAGACUUGGAGCCCUGUAAGUCAAAGUCCAUAUAUAUAUAUAUAUAUAUAUAUAUAU